UACGCACAUGGAUCGGGUCGCGGUGACCACGCCACGCCCAGCAGCAGGACCGAGGGACGGCUUGUGUAACAGCUGUACGAGCCCAGUGGCACCACCAGCUCCUCCACCAGCUCCACCACCAGCUCCACCACCUUUUGUGGACAUGCCCAGGACGCAGAGGAGGCGGUGCGGGCAGCGGCCUCUGGGAGCGACGGGGGCCGGGGAGUAGCUGGCACAGAGUCGGUCACGGUUCACGAACAAACAGCGUUUGAGUGCGUAUGUUUCGGCCACUUUUCGGAGGAAUGAGAGGCCGGUGCUCGGCUCUGACCAUGGGAUUGUUUCUGCACUCUGUCGGCCCUGUCACCCCCACCGAGUCCGCGGCAGAGAGGAGCCUACUGCACUGUGAAGGUGUGAACAACCAGAGUUACAUCUGUGAGUCCGGACACUGCUGCGGGAAUUCUCAGUGCUGCAGCUACUACUAUGAGCUCUGGUGGUUUUGGUUGGUUUGGGCGAUCAUCUUCAUCUUGAGCUGCUGCUGCGUUUGUCACCAUCGCCGCACCAAACACCGUCUGCAGCAGCAGCAACGCCAGCACGAGAUCAACCUCAUCGCUUACCGCGAAGCACACAACUACCCGUCUGUGCCCUUCUACUUCAGAUUUCUGCCCAACUACCUCCUGCCUGACUACGAAGAGGUGGUCAACCGGCCGCAGACUCCUCCCCCGCCCUACAGUGCCUUACACACUGGCCCGUCCUCAGUGGUUUCUAGCCCGCUGGCUCAUGAGCAGCAGGAGGGACACUGUCCAACCAUCCAGUCCACUCCGGUGCCCCCGGUCUCCGACACUCUGUGUUGCAGACUUAGCACAGAGGAACCACAACCCCCCACACUAGACUUAAGGCCAAAGCCUGUCAACAAGCCCAUGCAGACAGCACAAGAGUCCGCCAUGAUACUUCUGUCAGAGGGGCUCAACAAUAGGGAGGGACUAACCAGCCAGGAGAAAAGAAGUGAAAGUGGGGACGACUCGUGCAAGGACCCGCUGCUGAAGGACCCGACAGAGGUUUCUGCUGAGGACAAAGAUCGCCUCCCCAAUGGAAGGAGGAGGCGAUUCACAGGAGACUCUGGGAUUGAGGUGUGUGUGUGCGGCACACGUGGGAGCAGCGGUUUUAGCGGCGCUGCAGGGACAGGCCAGGAAGGAAAGGAGUCGAGGGAGCUAGAGAGCCUGCUGGGGCGCGAGGGAAACGAGGAGGAGGAGGCGGGCGACUUCUGCGACAGCUGCGGCCAUCGAGCCUCCUUAGGUGUGGAGGAGGAGCAAGCGCCGGGCGGGCAGGACAGGCGGGUCGCACGUGGGUCGCCAGGACCUCCUCAGCCGAGUCACCAGAUAGGCAGCGCCUCGCUCCACCUUCCAGUGUGCCUCCUCCUCCACACCAUCAACGAGCAAGAGGGGCCGCACCACAGUACCAGCACUGAGCCGCAGGGCUGAAACGCAGUCAACACGCAGACGUGUGUCGUAGACGGAAGGAAGAAACAUGCUUUUGUAUCUGAGCAAGUGUUUUAUGUUUGAAUACUUUCUGAGUGAGUAUUUUAUGAAUGUGUGCAUCUUAGAUAAAACAGGUGUGGGAGCAGGAAGUGGAAUCUCAAAGCAAUAUGACUGAGAUCCAAAGUUUGAGAAAGCCUGCUCCUCCUCCACACACUGGAACAGUGGCCUUAACCUGUGUGUUUUGGGUUAUGUUUGGGGCAGUCCAAGCCCUUUAACACUGUGGCAAUGGAGACUUAUCUCACACACACAUCCACACACCCACACAGAGUCCUUCAGUUGUCCCUCUCUUGCAACGUGAACUUCUGACAAACAGUGAAAGAUUUGAUAGCUGAAGCUGUGACGACAGGACAGGACGUACACUGCCCUCCUCACCGUGUGCUUGCAACAUUUCUGGAAAACCGUUCUCUGAAGGCACAGAACUACGUAGAAAAAAAACAAGAACAGCAGGAACAUUUUGGAUAAGUGCAAUGUGGAUUUACCACAGUGUGUGCUUAUGCAAACUGAUACUGUACAGGGACACAAGAACAAGACUGUGUGGGUCGUCCCGUUAGACUCAUAAUUCUUAAGUGCUUUUUCAGCGAUUUUAAAAACCGCUCUGCCUUGUAUCUGUUUGUGUUGCUCUCUAUCUGCCCUGCUAGUGAUAGAGAAGUAUAAGUGCAUUUAUAAAUCUGAAUGUGAGUAGUUCCUAUUUUGCACAAAGUGUAUUUAUCUUUAUAAAUGAAGCUUUAAGCUUAAAAAAAAUAAAAUAAGAACUAAAAAUGCUUUAAUGAAUUCAGUCUUAAAUUGCAGUACAUGACUUGGUGUUUUUAGUGGGUUUUGUUGCAACAUCUGUAAGAAAUGGACCUGUCAGUAGGGAAUGCAACAAUUUAACUUUGUACACAAUCAUUUUUUUAUUUAUCUAAUAAAUGUUUGUAGUACGUGCCUACCCAAAAAAAUACUGAACUUGAUGAACAAUGAUAAGUUUCAGUGAAACUGAGAGACCAUGAGAAAGCAGGUACCAAAAAUAAGGACAGAAUAAAAGCUUCUUAGAGAUUUCAACUUAGAUGGGCAACGUCAGACCUCAAACCUUUUGUGUAAGCCACUUCAGUAGAUAAUCACCUUCACCAGCCAUACAGUAUAAAACAUUUACACUAUUAGUUUGGAUUUCCAUAGUAGCACAAUUUUACCAUGCUUUAGCUAUGGUAUUCAUUAAUUAAACAUUUAUAGGAGCUUAUGAAUGGUCCAUUAAGCUUGAUUUCAGUCAACUGGACAAGUGUGAUAUUCACCUUACAUGCCCUGUAAAGUUUUUGCAAUUCUCCUAUUCAAUUUGAGAGAAGAAAUGCUCCUGACAGCCUAAAAUAUGUGUUUAGUGUUUGUGUAUAUUCAUCCCCUACUCCACUUUAUAUGAAGGUUAUUAUACCAUACUGUAGCCAACAAAAUGUCAUUAACAACUGCUGCCUGUUGACUGAAAAAAUACCUCUUUUGGGAUUUAAGUUUUAGUUCAUUCAUUUAGUUUAGAUUUAAAAAAACAAACCAAAAUCAAAAAUGCAAAGAAUCAGACAGUGUUUUAAAUCAGUAUGAUAGUUGUCUUUGGUUAUAUUAUUAUCUGAAUAUCUAUGAACAAGAGUUUACAUCACAAGAUUAGAUUUUUUUUAAUGAUGAGAAGUUAACAGACAAUAUUUAUCAUACUGCACUGCGGAUUGAAAACAAAGACCAUAUCGUUCCAUUAUAUGUAUCUUCUCAAUGCCUUUAGGAGCUUGACUGUUUUAAAUCGAACCUUUUAAUAAAGUAGAUGUUGAUUGUUGAUGAAUGUGCCAUGGAAAAUACCACUAAUUAUAUUAUGAGCGUGUUGUAUGAAACUUUUACAAAUUAAGUGAAAUUUUAGUUUGCCCACUCUGAAACGAACUGGAAUACGGUCAUGCCACAUGUAAUUGUAUAAUGAAAAUGUAUUUUUUCAGAUUUCCUUGGAGCACUCUCACAAAUGCAAACAUUGCAAUGUCUGCUAAGCACAAAUGUUUCAGCAAAUUGGUUGCACAGAUUUCUAUAUCUACCCUUAAACAAUCUAAUAGAAGAUGUCUUUCAAAACUUCUAGCACAAGUUAAAUUGUAACGUGGACUUUCUGUAUUUAGAUUGAAUCUUACCCAUGAAUGCCUGAACACAUUCUUAAGUGCUUUAUAUGUUAAUGCUUUUUGUGAGCUAGAAAGUGAUAUUGUGUGAUUGUGGUACAUGUAGUACCAAGACGAGCUAUUUUUUCAUAUCGGCUGAAUCCUUUAAAUAAAAUAUUGGAACUGUAAAAAAAAUAAAAAUAAAUUCAGAACCACUUUAUAUUUGAAAAUGUGUAUAAUAUUCUGUAACAUGAUUGUGAACCAAAUAGUUGCUUUCAUAUUUUUUAUGAAAUCAUUAGCUUUAUUGUUAUGGACAGAUUUUUAUUUUUUUUCUUCUCAUUAUGGGUAUUAUUUUUUUCUGUUAAGAAAAAGAUUGAUCUUCUUCUGAACAACUUAUGUUGAGUGAAGUUUGACUAACAAAACAGUAGAUAACUCGUUAUCUUCUUGUUGCCUAAGACACGUUGUUUCUUUCUUCACCAGUGUGUGUAUGUUGCUUUUUGCACAUAUUCUUUGAAUGUUCUGAUUACAAGCCAUUUAUUACAACAACCGAGCUGGAUGUAUGUUCAAUAAACAUGCCCUUUGAAAUUCAAGCUGA